GAGGAACGACGAAAAUUUGAGGAGCUUAAAAAGAAAUGCCACGAGGAAUCUAUGGCGAUUUUAAGAAAACAAGAACUUGAAAGACAAGAAGAGGAGCGCAAGAGAGCCGAGGCAACGCGUGAGGAAGAGAAGAAGAAGGAAUUAAUCGUCCAAAAGGCUGCAAGAAAGGUUAAAUAUUGGGCGGAUAUGAAGCAAACGUUAAAUAAAUUCCGAUAUAACGUUCAGGAAAGGCAACAAGCGGAAGUGAUGCUCACAUACUUCUUCCGUAAUAUGCCGUCAAUCGAUGGUUGCCACGACUUUACACGCGAUAUGUUUGGUAAUAACCAAAGUGAAACUCCACACCUCGAAUUCCCUGACGCUAAAUCCGGUAAAGUUGAAAGUCCUGACCCGGCUCUCGGCUUAUUUGACAAUCCACCUGAGCCAGUCCCAUUAAAUAAUCCAAUGAUUAACGCAAGAAUGUCAUGCCGCGAAUGGUGGUGGUACAAGGGCUAUCAUCGCCGUUAA